GAAUCAAUUAAAAUGGCAGCGAAUGUUUCGAUACCAUCGUGCUCCAAGGAAUCAACAGAUUCUAAAAGUGAAAGAGAGACCAACAUAAGGGCACCUUACGAAAAGGAAGAAACUGAUUUUAAUCUUUGUCCUUUUGUAAGCAAUGGAUUUACAUAGUUAUAUCUAAAUUUCUUUUAAGAAGAUCGAGAAACUGGAAUCUUUUAAAAAGCUGUUUAAUAUUAUAAUACAUAUUGCAACUAACCUAAAAACAACCCUUAAUGAUACGAAUUAUUAUGGUCUUUUGGGACAAAUUCAGAUACACCUAUAAUAAAUUUAACCACAAAAAAUCGUACGAUCAUCGCUUAUGCUUGUUCGCAUGCUAUAAUAAUCUACAACUAUAAGACGAAAUACGCGAUAAGUCUUCAAGGUCAUAAGAAUACGGUGAAAACUUUAUCGACAUCGAAAGAUGGAAAAUGGUUGAUGUCCGCAGAUUUUGAGAAAGAUUGUGUAACUGUCGUUUGGGACACCGAAACUGGGUAAUGAAAUUUGGAAAUGCGAUGAAAAAAAUUGGCCCAAUUUUUUUCUUUUCUUUUGCUACUAAUUAGAAACUAAUGGAGAGGAAGCUAGGGCGGGAUGAGGAGGGCACGUUUCACAACCAGCGAAAAACGUAUCUUUUCACGUCUCUGUUUUUUACUUGCGCGUCGACUAUUACGGCGCAUUGUGCAACAGCUAGAAUUAAGUUAUGAGUAAGAACCAGAAAAGGUGAGGGAGCGAAAUUCAAACAGGUUCUCUUAUCGGGAAGAUAAGUGACGUUACAGGAGGUAUCGCAUACAGGGUGUUCCAUAAUAAGUGGACAAUCCAGUUUAAGAGGCGGAUCUAGCACCAAAAAAAAAAAAAAAAAAAAAAAAAAAAACAAUAAAAAAAGGUGCUUAAAUAAUUGGCCGUUUAUUACGAAACAUCAUGUAUAUUAUAAAUAAAAUACACAAAUCAAACGUCGAAUAUGACAUCAAAUACUUGAAAAAAUGUAACAUAUUUGUAGUUGCUAUUGCUAUUGUUAUUGCAGUGUACCAAUUUCGACUUUAUUUAAUCCGCAUGGUGAUAAAGGAAUGACCGCUGCUAAAAUUAGCCCAAACGCUAAGUAUAUAGUAACUGUUGGAAACGAAUUUCACCAAAAAGUUCAGUUUUGGCUAUGGACGUAUGGGAAAGAUCAACCUGAUGCUUUUACGGAGUUAACUGAACUUUUUUCAAAUAGAAUAAAGGAAAUAGCUUUCAACGAAGACUGUUCCGAGGAGUUUGGUCUAACUGCCGAUUACUGCGUUGCGUUCCUUAAAUGGGAGCAAGAUGAAUUGAAAUAUUACAUACCAAAAAUUUUGGGUAACGUACGACGAUACGGGAUCUUGAAUUGCUCUUGUUACAUUCCUAAAACACAACGGGUAUUAACAGCAACGACAAACGGAUACGUUCUGGUUUGGGGCGCUUUUGUUGAAAGACAGAAAAAUAAGAGUAAGGAUCAGAGUGCAGCUAACAACAAGGAAAAGAGACACAUCAAGUCUGUGCAGUUAGAGAAGAACAGUAUUAUGGUGGUAUUAUAUCACGAUGGAAGGAUAGUAACAGGAACGUCAGAAGGGCGCAUCAGCUUUUACGAUCUUGAUUUAAAAAUACUCUACUGGUGUCAACAUAAACUUCUGGAUUCUAUUCGAUCGAUAAGUUUCGAUCUUUCGUCCACGUUAUUAGCUCCUGGGUCUGCGGUCGGUGAAUUUAAACUUGAAUCUGACGAAGAAGAUUUCGAGAACGAAGAAGAAAUGGAAGAAUACUCGGAAAUUAAAUUAGGAGAUAAUAUUAACGAGAGAAAAAUGAAAUAUAUAGAAAAAAUAGAAUCGAUGAAGUAUCGUGAUCAAGUUCCAUCGACGAUGUCUGUAUAUUUGGAAGAAACAUUGAAGAAUUACAAUAAAAAUCAGCAAGCAUUUACAAAAUUACCUCACGCGCCUACCGAUGUUACUGUCGAAGGUGCUCCUUUUUAUAUCGAAAAUUUCAUUAUCGGUUGUUUGAGUGGAACAGUUGCGUUGAUAGAAAUUCCUGCGUUAAAGUGUCGAUUUAUCUUUCAAGAUCAGAACUUUGCGAUAACCAGUUUAGAUGCGCAUCCUCGAAGCAAUUUUAUAGUCACCGGUAAUCUACAAGGUUUCGUCUCUUUAUACGAUUAUGAGAGACAUAAGCGUAUCGUACGCAGGAAAACCCCACCUCUUCCAGAUUUUAGUAUACUAUUGGAUAAGCAAGCAAAGAAAGGAGCUAUAACUUAUGUCACAUGCCCACAGAGCCACGAGAAACUAAUCGCUGUUACAGCAUUGAAAUAUUCCCCGAUAGGUAAUUUACUGGCAUGUGGCCUUGAAAAUGGAGCCCUUUGGAUGUUGCAUCCUCUCACUUUAGAACCUCUUGAUAAAAAUCCUUACAAACAUUCCACGGAAUCGAUACUUAAAUUGGCUUUCACAGAGUGCGAAGAAUACAUGGCUUAUGCGGAUAACACACUAGUGGUAGCGGUAUUUAAAAGAAUAGGUGAUUCGCCAAGCGGUUCCUGUUUAUGGGAUUUUAUUGGAAAGUAUCAUUCUCAUACUGCAAAAAUAAGAGAUAUACUUUUCGGGCCAGCUACUAUCGAAAGCGUUGUAUAUCGUUUUUUUUCGGUAGGAGAAGAUCGCAACCUAAUUGAGUACGAUCUUAAAAAUAGUGGGCCAUAUCCUUUCCCUGGUUUGCAGAUAAUGAACACUUAUCAAAUUGAAUGUGAAGCUAUUCCUCUUUGCCUCGCCUGGUACCCUAAGUUGGGCGUCGAAGGAUUUCUGAUGUACUCUAAUUCCGAAUACAAAUACAGAUUGCUAAACGAUAUAACGAAAACAAUUCGAGGAACAUUUUUGGGACCGCUUUGCGAUACUCCGGUUAAGCAUUUCAAAGUAAUAUCUGGCAAAGAAUAUAAAGCUGGUAAAUACAUGGUAUUUGCAACUAAUAAGGAAAUAGGUCUUCAAAUACUUCCUUUCGAUGGGAAUCCUUACAAGACUUUAGGAAUGAUAGGGCACCCACGCAAGGUCAGUAAUAUUUGCCUUAGCAAUGAUGGGAACAUUCUAUUCACUUUUGGUCAUAAUGAUCCGUGCACACUGAUGUGGAAAAUAAAAUGCAGGUCUGUCGAUGUAUUAGCGCAUUUAGGAGGUAAAGGGCUUGCACCGUAUUAUUGUCUGAUAGAUGGUGGUGAAAAAGGUUGGCUUAUCAAUGAAAUGAAACACCUGUUUUAUUAUGCUCAAAUCUUACAUCAAGGCGAGAAUGUAAUAACUCCCAGAUUAAUAUCCGACAAAGUGAGCACUAAAGAAGUACCGAAUCUCAUGCGCGCCGUUGGAUAUUAUCCCAGCAACGAGGAGAUAGAAAUCCUUAUGGGUGAAAUCUCGUACAGAGAUUACGCGGAGACCGGUCAUUUGGUCGAAGAAAUUAAAUUCGAAGAUUUUGUCAAAUUUUAUAUAAAUCAUCGGCCAGCUUUCGGAAUUUCUCUGCAUCAAAUACAAGAAGCUUUCCAAGUCUUUGCAAAUUCAGAUCAAAUGCCCGCUUCGCAAGCGGAGAAUCCAGCAUUAACUCGAGAACAGUUUAUGAGAAUAUUGCUUGGCGAAGGUCCUCCUGAGUUUUCUAUACAAAAUGGCAUACCUUUUGGAGAACCAUUAAAAAUUCAAGAGGCAUUUGCAUACAUGAGGUUUCUUGUUGGUUUUAACGAGAAUUUGGAUGAAAUAUAUAAUGAACGAAACGAAAAAAAAUCCGCAUCCAUUGAUUUUACGUUCUUACCAGAGAGAAUAUCUUACAAAGAUUUCAUCGCGGACAUCAUGGGUAUUGAAUUGCCGGAGGAAACGAGGGCUGACGAUGAUUAAUUAAUCUGUGUGCCAUUAUUUGCAUUGCUGGCACAUUAACGUCGAUUAUUAUUACCAUACUAAUAUUAUUACUAUUACAAUGUAUUGCGACUUCCUAUUAAACAUGUACAUGAACAUUAACGUAUAUUAUGUCAAUUCGAUUCUUUCUUAAAGCGUUAAAAAGGAAAUCAAAAUCGUUUUACCGAUUAACAGACUCAGUUACGAAUUUUGUUCAAUAAUGAAAUUGGUCAGAGAGUACAAAGGAGACGAGGAUAAGUUCAAUCAGUAAACAGGUAUCUUCCUUUUCCAUCAAUUCUGACCGAUGAUAUCUUACUUUUUUUUUUUUUUUUUUUUUUUGUCUUACGCUGGUAGAUUAAAUUACGGCUGAUUUCGUGUACAAAAUAAAAUAAUUUUAAUAUAAUUAAUAAUAAAUACGAGCUCGACAGUCAAAUACCAUUUCAAAAUUAAUAAUUCUCGACAAACGGAACAUUUUUUCGGUCAGAAAUAUAUAGUCGAUACGCCAAUUCUUCGCUCGUAUUUCAUCGCUCACUUACAUUUCACCGGAUUUUGAUGAACCAAGACACAUUGCACAAUGAAAGAUGAUUGAGAGAAAUUUCAAGCGUUCUACUAACUAAUUUGAAUAAAGUACCUACAGUUGUACAAUCAUCCGGAAAAUGUUUGUCGGCAGAAGAGCUAUUAUGAAAAACAAGUAAGAACUAGACUAGAAAACGAUAAAAGAUCCGCUCGUUAACUCGUUCAUUAUUCUAAAACAUGAAGCGUGACGAAACGACAGAAAUCUUAUCGUGGAAGCUUUACUUUCCACGAUAUACUAUUAAAAAUGGAGGAAAGAUGAGCGAGGGAAAGUAACAGAAGUCUCAACGCGUAUAAUUGUAAAAAUUUGAAAAAUUCAAGCGAUUAAAAAAAAAAAAAAAAAAAAAA